AUGUCGGGCUACCCAGAUACGCAGGCGCAUGACGAUGUGCGAGCCAUGAUUGCCUCAGUCAAAACCCUCACUGUAGAGAAACUGAAAAAUAUUCUUCGAGCCGAGAGUCUCCCUUUGUCUGGAGUCAAGAGCGAGUUGCAAAUCAGGAUAAUAGCCCAUAUCGAGAAACUGCGCAAUGGCGGUGACGUUUCGGGCGUGAAUCGAAUACGAGCGCACAUCAGAAGCGGCUCUCAUUCCUACAGCAAUAGCGGUUCUUUCCCUUCACCUUAUUCUCGACACACGCCGACCUCCUCGGCGUCUCCGUCGUUCUCUUCUCCUACCGCUCACAAUUCCUUCAACAUGUCCUCGAAUUCACACUACGGCUCUGGUCGAAUAACGUUCAAGCCCUCGCCAUUUUACACGAUCACGAGAUCGCUCACCCAGAUUCACCGAUGCGGUCCACAAGAAGGGUCCAGAGAGACCGCCAGACUCGCAGUCAUGCUAUCACAGGACGUCAUUGACAAGCUUAACAACGACCAAUCAUGCCGGAUCAUGGUUUUCUGUGCCGCAGAACCUGUCGGUCCUUACAACAGAGACCCGUCCGAUAUUGCCUUUCCCCAUAAUGUGGAGCUGAAGUGCAAUGGAGAUGAUGUCAGGACGAAUUUACGGGGACUCAAGAAUCGGCCGGGGUCGACCAGACCUGCAGAUAUCACGUCUCUGGUGAGGACUAAACCGCCCAACUAUCCCAACUCGGUCGAGAUGGUCUACGCGUUGACUACCAAGGCAUUCUACCUCGUGGUCAAUCUUGUCUCCAGAAAGUCGAUCGAUGCGUUGGUGGGCCAAAUAAGGCUCGGCCGAAUGAUCAGCAAAGAACAGGUCAUUCGAGAGAUGCGACGCAAGGCCGAAGACCCGGACGAGAUCGUAGCGACCUCGACAGUCCUGUCACUAAAGGAUCCUGUGGGUUACACACGUAUCACAACACCCUGCCGCGGAAUUGGCUGCAGCCACGUGCAGUGUUUCGAUGCGGCCUGUUACCUACAGCUCCAGGAACAGGCGCCAACCUGGAUGUGUCCGAUUUGCAACAAAGCUGCUCCAUGGGACUCAUUGGCUCUGGACCAGUAUGUUAAUGACAUAUUGAAUCUGACGCCGAGAGACGUCGAAGCAGUCACUCUCGAGCCCAAUGGCGCCUGGCAUCUUUCGAGUCAAACCGAUAACGCUGGUGGUCGGACGUCCAAUCCCACGCCUUCAGACGACGAGGACGACGAUGAUCUUGUUGAGAUUGGCGACGGCGGGGGUUACCGCCCACAGAAGCUCGAGACGCUGACGCCGCACAGUGUCAGGACACCACCGUUAUCCUCCAGAGAAGAAUCCACAGCGCCUUCAGCAUCAAGACCGUCAACAAACAGCAACAAGAGAUCGCGAGAUGUCAUUGACUUGACAUUGAGCGAUGACGAGGACGGCAGACCGGCACCGAAAGCCCGGAGGACCGAGUCGGUCUCGUCAGACCGGGUGAUUUCUUCGUCAAGAGCACGGCCUCCUGCCUCAUCAGACCGGUAUCAUUUUAAUCUGCCUCCUCCUCCUGGGCCACCUCCUUACAACCUUGACAGGUUCAAUCCGGCCUUAUGA